AUGUCGAAGCGAGAUGACACGCACGAUAAGGCGAGCACGGCGCACGCGGUCGAGGGCACGGCGUUGCUCGACGACGACGACGACCAUUUUCACGAUUUUAGCACUAGCGUCUGGGGCGCCAGAGAUCGAGGGUGUUUGGGCGCGUACAACGACGUCGUGAGCAGACUGCCGAGUUUCCAGAUCUUCAUCUUCGUCAUCAUCUCCGGCGCCGCGUUGACGGUGCUGUGGGAGCUCGCGGAGUCGAACGCGGAGAAGAAGGAGGUGGCGAGCGCAUUCGUCGGGAGCGCCGCGGUGGAGACGAUGUUGAGUUUGGAUAAUUUGGUGGUUUUUCAUCAAAUUUUUGGCACGUUUAAGGUGCCGCCGAGUCGUCGACCUGGGAUCUUAGUCGCCGGCCUACCGAUCAUGAUCGCGGUCAGGAUUUCGCUCUUCAUGAGUUUUCACGGGAUUUGGGUGUACAUGCGCGUGGCGUUUACGCUCAUCGGCGCCUUUAUCAUUUAUCAAGGGGUGUGCGUCGCGUACUUCACCGACGACGGGGACGAGGACUCGGAUUUGAGUUCUAAUUGGAUCGUGCGAAGCGUUCGGGCGUGUUUCGGGGAGCGGAUGUCGACGAGGUACGAGGGGAGCGCGUUUUACUCGCGCACAAAGAGCGGGACGUUUCACUUCACACCCUUGGUAUUAGUGAUGAUCUUCAUCGAGGUCUCCGAUUUGAUGUUUUGCAUCGACGGCGUGUCUACGAUUUAUGUCGUCGGACACAAGAGUCUGGAGGCGGUGAUCUGCGGUGAUCUGUGCGCGGUUUUGCUCGUGCGAGCUUUGUAUCCGCAGCUGCAAGGAACGGUUGAAGUGUUCCCCGAUCUCAACUACGCCGUCGCGGCGACGCUCGUCGCCGUGGGCGUGGACAUGAUCUUGGGCGCGUUCGGACAAGAUCUCCCAGUAUACGUCUUGGUGUGUUUCAUGGUCUUCGUCUUCAUCGCCGGCAUCGUCUCGUCUCUCGCUCGAGGCGUCGUCAAUCGAUGCGCGAGCUCUCGAUCGAAACCCAACGCAGACAAAAAAUACGACGACGCCGCGCAGAAAGUGUGA